GUGCGUUGUAGCCGUAGCAUGCCGUGUGCGUUACCGCGUGCUGCGAGCCGAGCGUGCGUAGAAUAACCGACAAUGGGAUAACGUGGAAGUGAUCGAGAGCGUGGCGUGGCGGAGGUAGCAGCAUCGGCUAGCUAGCAUGCUAACGGCUAACAACAAUGAGCUGCGUUUGGCGCUCUAGCGGGUUAAAGUUUGACUUGAAAAGACACGACGGGUUCGACGCGACUUUUCGCGUUUUAUCGACUACACGCACGCGCGGUGUCGAGUCGACAGCGGUGCGUUGUGUGGACGCGUGUUUUAUUGGUAUUUCAGCGAGCAGCCCGGUAGCUUUUUGUUUUACUUCUGAGAGCCCCGCCGCCGCUUUUUGUUUGGAGUUUCCACCGUAGACACAUCCACGACCAACGCGACACAUAACGGCGGUUGCAUCAACGAUCGCUGAGCUUCACUCAUCAGUAAAGUUUCUAACGCAUUGAUCCACGUUCAGCGCCGUAACAUCGACGACAGUGAACGAUAGUAAAACGUUACGUUGUUUUGUGGGUGUAACGUGCCUGUGAAUCACCGCACGUUGACCGGACGGAGCGUGUGGAAGUUUGGGACUUUAACUGUUACCUAGCUUCUCGUGAAUCUGUUUCUUCGACGACGCGACCAAUCAACACUAUCACAAACCGAGUUUUAUCAUUUUAGUGUUAUGUCGGUUAUUUGUUCCUUUGAUGUUCCUAUGACCGGGCUUUAAAUUCCUGGCAUUCUUGGACGUUGUUUGUUCUUCAAUUUCGUUGUAUUCGGUUGUUGAUCGUUGUUCAUGUGUUGUUCUAUGAGCUAAAUAUUGCUUUACAUAUAACAUUUUGAAGUUUUUAAGCGUUAUGAAUGACUUCUGAUCGUGUGUGUGUGGCCGCGCUCGUGUAGGGACCGCCCCCUUCUCGGGAGUAGACGUGCCAGCUGCCUGCAGACCGACACACGGUGUUUAUAACCAACACAGGCACGAUUACCGAGCUUUGUUUUUUCUUUUGCAGGUUUUUGCCUGAACACGGGCCCACAAAAAGAAUAUGUUUGGCUUCCACAAGUCAAAGAUCUACCGGAGUAACGAUGGCUGUUGCAUCUGCAAGACCAAGUCCUCCAGUUCCCGCUUCACAGACAGCAGCCGAUAUGAAGAGACGUUCAGACUCUGCUUUGGGCUUUCAGAGGAUCGUGUCGGGGACAUCUGCAAUGCCUGUGUGUUACUGGUGAAGCGCUGGAAGAAGCUGCCUCAUGGUUCUAAGAAGAACUGGAACCAUGUGGUGGAUGCCAGAGCUGGGCCAGGCUUUAAGAUGACCAAACCCAAGAAGAUCAAGAACAGUGAUGGGAAGAAGAAAAGCAAGCUAAAGAAGCUCCACAAGUUAAAGAGACAAACAGACUCUGACGCCCACAGCACCACCUCCAGUGCGUCUCCUGCCCAGUCCCCGAGUUACAGCAACCUGUCAGAUGAUGGUUCAGACAUCGAGUCCAAACAAAGACGCCCAACUCCCUCCACCUUCUCUUUCCUGGACAGAACCUACUGGAAGAGGCAAAAGGUGUGCUGUGGGAUUGUCUACAAGGGGCGGUUUGGAGAGGUCAUCAUUGAUCCCCGACUCUUUAAGCCCUGCUGCAGUUCCACAAAACAGAAGACUCUGGUCUCCACACCAGUGUCCCCACACCUUCCAGACCCACUUCCUCCACAGCUCCCAGAAGCAUGAAUGAAACU